AUGCAGCCUUUCUCCGGCUUGUUCUUUUUUCUUGGAACUUUAGUUGUUCUAUUUAUCGUCUUACUUCUCAUAUUCAUCCUAUGCAAGUUUUUCAAACCAAGAAAACUGACAGCUUUGAUUACUAGCACAUUUAAGCCUACUUCAGGGACUAGUGAUGCUCUUAGUGUACAUCUUCGUACGAUAAGUUACUUUAACUUUCAUACAUUGGAGAAGGCUACGAAGAAUUUUCACUCAGAUAACCUCCUAGGAUGUGGUGGAUUUGGUCCGGUUUUCCUGGGGAAGUUUGGAGAUGGACAGUUAAUUGCUGUCAAGAAGCUAUCUCUUGACAAAUCACAGCAAGGGGACAGGGAGUUUCUUGCUGAGGUGAGGAUGAUAACAAGUAUACAGCACAAGAACCUUGUCCGCCUUCUUGGUUGUUGCUCAGAAGGGGAUCAAAGGCUUCUCGUGUACGAAUACAUGAAAAAUAGGAGCUUGGACCAAAUACUAUAUGGAAAGAGUAAUAUAUUCCUUGAUUGGAAAACUCGAUACCAGAUAAUCUUAGGGAUUGCGCGAGGAUUACAAUAUCUUCAUGAGGAUUCACACAUUAGGAUUGUCCAUAGGGACAUCAAGGCAAGCAAUAUUCUGUUGGAUGACAAAUUUCAACCAAGAAUCGGAGAUUUUGGCCUAGCUAGGUUUUUCCCUGAAGAUCAAGCAUAUCUCAGCACCGCAUUUGCUGGAACCUUAGGUUACACAGCUCCUGAAUAUGCAAUUCGAGGAGAAUUGUCUGAAAAGGCUGAUAUAUACAGUUAUGGUGUUGUUGUGCUAGAAAUAAUCAAUUCUCGGAAGAAUACAGAUCUUUCUUUGCCUUCAGAAAUGCAAUAUCUCCCCGAAUAUGCGUGGAAGCUAUAUGAAAGAUCAAGAUUAAUCGAUCUAGUUGAUCCAAAGAUGUUGGAAGAUGGGAUGGCAGAAAAGGAUGUAAUGCAAACAAUACAUGUAGCUUUCUUAUGCCUUCAGCCUCAUGCCAAUUUAAGACCACCAAUGUCUGAGAUUGUUGCAAUGUUGGUAACCAAAGCUGGAUCACUAACUACACCAACGCCUCCGCCUUUCUUAGAUCCAGAGUUAAGGAUCGGAAGGACGAUAACAGUACAUGGUUGA